CCAUCGCCGCGCGUACGCCUGCCACGCGAUGCCCAAGGUCAUCUCCCGCUCGACGGUGAGCGCGAGUGCGCCGGGCGCGGCGCCGGCGUCGCCGCUGCGCGCCUGCUACUGCCUCUGCGGCGAGUUUGUCCUCGUCGUCGACGUGCCGCUGGCGGCGCUGCCCGUGCGCCCGCUCGACGGCGCCCUCGUGCUGCACUGCACGCCCACGCCCGACGGCGCCGGGCGCGUGCGCCCCGCGCGCACCUUCAAGCUCAACGCCACGCAGGGCAAGCUCGUGCUCGUGCGCCGCGCCGGCGGCGCGCGCGUCGAGAAGCAGUGGCGCUUCAACUGCACGCGCUGCGGCCUGCCCGUCGGCUACGAGACGACGCCGCCGCCGAUGAAGGGCGGCCGCUUCACGCACAUCCUCAAGGGCGCACUCAGCGAGACGCAAGGGCGAGCGCCGCGCGACGCCCUCUUCGGCGAGGAGCUGCGGCCACGGCCCGCCGACGCCGCCGCUGCACCGCCGCCGGCCUAGGGCGCGCUCACACGGGG